AUACGCAUGACGCAAUCACGCACAGUUUCCAAACAAUACUCAGGAAUAAGCCACGUUGACGAUCCAGGCAGAAGAGCAGUCCAGAAUCUGAGGCAGAAUAAAUCUGGAAUUUGCUCGCUAGACGCUCUGGUUUGUUCUUGCCGCAGGCUCCAGAUCCGAGCGGACAUGUCGUCGCCGCCGAAGGAGAAAGUCGAAACCAAAGGAGGACAUCUCCCUGCAGUAAAGGCAGGAGGUAUGAGGAUAGUGCAGAAGCACCAGCCCACCGCCGCUCCAGAACCACCGCAAAAAGAUGACGAUGAAGAGGAGUACGUCAGCAGCAGUCCACCAAAGGCCCCCGUGAUUGUGUCUGGAGUAGUUACAAAGGGUGAUAAGGACUUCACCCCUGCAGCUGCCCAGGUGGCCCACCAGAAGCCCCAGCCUUGUGUCCCCAAGCUGCCCCAUGUGCAGCACAUCAACCAGCACAUCCACCAGCCCCGCAAGUGAGCCAGGCAGCAGGCUACAACGGCUACGCUAACUCCACCAGCCAGCCUUCCCCAAUGGAACACAUAGGAUGAAGAUGUUUCCCCAGCAGACACAGAUCUCCAAAAAAAAUCAAAGUAGUUUUUCUUAGGCUGUUGCAUUAUGUCCUGGCAAUUUAUCAAUCAAUAGACAACCACUGCCAACACAGCCAUUGUACAAGUCCCACUCUUUACACCCCUGCUGCAUUGGUGGUUCUGCACUUUUGGAUCCUCUCCUCAAGAGGGACUGUUUUGACACUUAAGGUUGGAUAAGUGGGCGAUGGGUCUUCUAAAAUGGCUUUCACUGUAGAAUUAAACAUUAACGUAGAAAGUGAUUACAGAUCUGAGUCUGUGGGGGAAAACUCUCACCCCAGCAAUGUGCCGACCAAUACCACACAUCACAGUAACCAGCCAAUCACAGAAACAUAUCAGUCAGACCAACUAACCAACCAAUCACCUUGCAGUGAUGAGCCUAAGCUCCAACCUUCUACCUAUGAUCUUCGCUGACCAAAAAAAAACAAAUCACAAGGUUUAAACCAGUUUUACAUCAUUGACAC